AUGGCACCAAAGAGAUCGUUCUACGAGGACGAGGAGCUUAUAACGACUAAACCAGGUUACAACUCCGAAAUCUCCAAGGAACUCAAGGAGAAAGAGUCGGCUCAUGGCAACAUCUCCUUCAUUGAAGGUAUGGGCGUCAGAACGACCCCAUACUUAGAAAAACAUUUCAACAGUUUGAGAAGCUACCUCCACGACAAGUUCUCGAUUGCUGCUGCAGAAUUGGGUACUCAGAGAACCGCCGUUGCCAAUGAGUGGUCAACAUUCAAGAACAAGGUGGACGAGGUGAUUUUGGAGCCAGUGAUCCCUGACUGCGUCAAUGUGAUUUUCCCUGUGUUGAUUACAUCGGUUGCAGUUGGCAGAAGAUCCCUCCCUGUUCGUUUCUUGGCUACUUCGGCCGCAUUUGGCUUGUCUGUCAAAUACUACAUGCCUCGCACUUAUGGAGCUGCUAAAUCGAAGCUUUUGCUGUGGGAAAAGGAGAACUACCCAGAUUUAUGGAAGAAGCAGCAGGAGCUCGGAGAGCAAACGCGGGAUUUGGUUGCUGAGACCAACAACUUAAGAGCUCAGCUGAAACAAGACUUGCAGAAACAGAUCCACGAAGUUAGAUUGUGGGUAGCCAAGCUUUUGGAGGAUUAG